ACAGUUUGUUGUUAUAGUUGUUAUUAAUAGAAUGUUUUUACGAUUUGAUUUUCUAGUUCGAAUAUUGCGAAUAUGAUACAAUAUGAUACAAUACAAUCGUGUUUUCUAGAAUAGUUGAAAACCAAAAAAUUGUGAUCGUGCUGUGGAGUAAACAACAGUCAUGGACCACUUUUGGAAUUGCCUUUCAAAAGACGUUGGCCGUAUCUCUGAAACAAUUAGACAUACUCUGGAAGUAACCGAAUACAUCAACGCGGCCCUGGCAUUCAUCGGUAAUGAGGAAAUUGCCGCCAUCGAAGAGGAUAUUCGUCGCCUUCCGGAAAUACUGAACAUACCAGCCGGAGAUCUUUCGUUGAAAAAAUACCAUGGCAGAUUUCUGCAAAAUCCGGAACGUUUUCGGUUCAUGGCCGGAGAAAGAGCUAUUUUAAAAUUGAUUGCAUCGUGCGUCCAGCGGAAGGGAAUCAACCACUAUCUACGCUAUGCUGAGAAGCGUGAAAAGGAGGUCAUUGUACCGGGUAGUCUAGAGACGAGUGCUGCCGAAGUGAGGCGGAAAGUUAUUGAUUUUUAUAACGAAAGAUGUGAUGGAACCGCAGACCAGAUCGAUUUCUGCAACCGCAUAACCGCAAUCCGAGUAGAUGUGUCAGAAACCGACGAUGGCAGCUUAACAGCAAGGAUUGGAUGCUUAUUCUGCCCGGGAGACAAUGUCAUAACUUGUCGCCCCGAACGGACCGGUGGAAGCUGGAAGGUGUCAAACUUUUUGGCUCACAUUCGCAAUGUGCACAAGGGACUAAAUGCACCAACGUCGGCCCCAAGGACAGCAACCGGUUUCCAUCAACCGAGUACUUCACCACCUGUGGAGUGUGGUGGGGAAGGGUCAAAUCUCAGCAGUGCCAGUGGUUUUCAGUACGACAGCUGGGCCAGUUCGAGUGAUGUUACAUCUAGCCACGAAAAUACUUUGAAACGAAAGUAUUCCGGCAAUUCGAUGGAAGAGUUUGGGUUUGUGGUUAAGGAAGAGAGGUUCAAUUAAUAUGCUAAUAUAUUUGCUGUGCUAUGAAAUAAAGAAAA